AAAUAUACACUAGCAAUACGUUCCUUGUUUGUGUUAGUGUAGAAACGACAGCGGAGUCGGAUGCACGUGCUCCGUGAAAUAAAAAAAUACGUAAAAAACAAACACGUAAGAACAGUGAUUGCGUAAAAAGUUUGUCCGUAAGACUUUAUUUUAAUUCUUUAUUUGUGUAAGUGUCGUGUUCAGCAAUAUAUAGAGCCCCCUGCCUGAGUAAUCUAAUCAUUCAUUAUCACGUAAUUGUCGUCGAUACACAAUCGGCGCAGUGUAAAGGUGACCGUCGACCAAAAUGGCAGAACCAAAAGUGUGCGAAGAUCUUGUAAGAGAACGAAAAAAAUGUACUUUCGAUGUAACGGAACUGACCAAUUUAAUUGAUGGGGGAGCUCAGGCGACUGAAGAAAGGCAUUAUGUUGAAAACUUGGUGAUCAAUACAGAAGGAAUGAUCACAAAGGAUGAGGUGCCAGAAGAAUACCUUAGCCACAAGGAAAGAUACGAGUAUGCCAUCAAGAAGGCUUGCAUUUUGUACGAGGUCCUCAAGGAAUACGCAGCUAAACACAACACCAUGGACGCUUUCAAGCCCACAAACAAGUACCGAGUGACAUUCGGUAUGGUGAAAGACAUAUCGCCAUUCAUGUUACACAUGGGUAUGUUCGUGCCAACUAUCCUGAACCAGUCAGACCCUGAGCAGCUGGCUGAGUGGCUGCCACAAGCCAUGUCCAUGGGGAUCCUAGGAACAUAUGCACAGACUGAGCUCGGCCACGGAACUUUCCUGAGAGGAUUAGAAACAACAGCUACAUACGAUCCCGCCACAGAAGAAUUUGUGCUGCACACUCCUACCCUCACUGCUUACAAAUGGUGGCCUGGAGGAUUGGCCCACACAGCUAACCACUGCAUCGUAGUGGCCCAGCUGUACUCCAAGGGCGAAUGUUACGGUGUUCAUCCAUUCUUCGUCCAAAUCCGUGACACAGAGACUCACAUGCCUCUUCCUGGUGUGAAAGUAGGAGAAAUCGGACCCAAGAUGGGUUUCCAGACAGCUAACAAUGGGUUCCUAGGGUUUGAUCACUACAGGAUUCCAAGAAGGAGCAUGUUGAUGAAGAAUGCUCAGGUUUUGAAGGAUGGAACAUACGUUAAAUCUAAGAACGACAAGCUGACGUACGGCACCAUGGUGUUCGUGAGGGUCCUCAUCGUUACUGAUGUGGCUUACGAGCUAUCAAGAGCUGCUACCAUCGCUGUCAGAUAUUCUGCGGUCAGACACCAGUCACAGCCAAAACCUGGUGAACCUGAGCCCCAGAUUUUGGACUAUGUGACACAGCAACACAAACUGUUCAUCGGAGUAGCCACCAGCCAUGUGUUCAGAGUUACUGGUUACUGGCUUUGGGACAGUUACUCCAAGGUCAUCGCUGACGUCGGCAAGGGUAACAUGGACCAACUGCCUGAGCUUCACGCCCUAGCAUGCUGCCUGAAGGCUGUGUGCAGUCGUGACGCGACGGCUCGCGUGGAGGAGUUCAGGCUCGCGUGCGGAGGCCACGGCUUCAUGGCGUCCUCCAACCUGCCCAUCAUCAAUGGCAUUGUGUCCGCCACCAUCACCUACGAAGGAGAAUACACCGUGCUUAUGUUGCAGACUGCCAGGUUCCUAGUGAAGGCUUGGAAGCAGGCGACGCUGGGUAAUGCGAUGACGCCGACCGUCUCUUACUUGCUGCGAUUCUUCAACAAUGACCGCGUGCACUGGGAGACCAGCCCCGAGGGUAUCGUUAGUGGCUUCCUCGCCAUCGCUGCAGGGAAGACCAAGGCUGCCUGUGAAAGCCUUCAGGAAUACGAGAAGAGUGGCAUGGAUUAUGAAGAUGCUUGGAACAGUGCUUCAGUUCAGCUAGUUAAUGCCAGUGAGGCUCACUGCCGUGCCAUCUUAUGCGAGGUAUCGUGGAGGGAGCUCUCACGCCUCGCAGCGCAGUCGUCACCGAGUCUGGGCAAAGUGCUGCUGCAGAUGGGUGAACUGUACCUCAUCUACUGGGCUCUGGAGAAACGAGGAGAUCUCCUAUUGUACUCAACGAUAACGAGAGCUGAUAUCGCGAAACUGCAGGCGAGGUACGAAGUCCUAUUGGGCCUGUUGCGACCCAACGCCGUCGGUCUUGUCGAUGCUUUCGAUAUCAGGGAUGAGAUUCUAAACUCAACCCUGGGUGCGUACGACGGUCGCGUGUACGAGCGACUGAUGGAGGAAGCGCUGAAGAGUCCUCUGAACGCGGAGCCAGUCAACCAGAGCUUCCACAAGUACCUCAAGCCCCUAAUGAUGAAAGCCAAACUGUGAUAUUUUGUAAUAUUUAAGAAAUAUAAAGUACAAUAAUGUUAUACAUGGUUUCGGAUUAAAUUAUAUAAAGAAUGGGAACAUGCAAUAAUAAAGCAACUCUAUCGUUAUUGCGAAUUUCGCUUUUGAAAUUCUCAAUAAUGUUACGACGUUUUUUAUAUAUAUGUAUACCUAAAAAGACAUUUUCUAAAAUUAUAGAAUCGGAUGGAAGAGGUAACCAGUAAAUUUUGAAGACUUUUUAAUUCCUUUUUUUGAUAAAGUAUGAUUAUUAUCUACACUUUGUACGCAACUUAUUGUAUAUUUUUUACAACAAUGUUUUAAAAUCAUAUUGAAAUUAGGUUGAUCAAAUAUACCAUUAUCAAACGAA